AUAGCGCAGAGUUUGGCGCGAAGCCUUCCGAGCCCCGAUUGGACGGUCGAGCUUACCGGCUCGUCGCUCAUUGGUGUCUAUUGACCACGUGGGCCAAGGUAUAAAACCAUUGUCCCGCCAUUUUGUGAAACAUUCUAGUGUCUACGCUGUGGUGUGUGCGCGUGUGCAGCUCCGUCGCGUUGGUUUGAGUGUGCUCCGUUUUCUUCAUAUUUAUUCCGCAUCUUCAACCAGAAAAUGCCAGCUACACGUUCAAGGCCCAGCACCGAGCAGGCUGAGGUUGUUUCUGAGGAGGUGAAGGACGUUGAGGCGUCCCCGGUGAAAGAAAAGGUGGCAGAGACGAAAACGGAGGAGGCUAAGCCUGCGGCUGAAGAGAAGGCUGGCGGUGCAGAAGAGACCAAGGAGGAAGCCGAGAAGACUGCUGAAGAGGCACCCAAAGCAAAUGGAGAAGCUGCUGCUGCUGUCGCUGAUGACUCCAACAAGGAGUCGGACUCUGCACCCACCGAGAAGGCCGAGAAGCACAAACUCGAGGACGAGGUCAGCGGCACUCCUGAAAAGAAGGCCAAGGUAGAAGAGAGCAAGGAGGAAGAGGCCGCCAAAGAAGCAGCACCUACAGAGGAGGCUGCGGCGUGAGGUGCACAACUUGGUCGAGCAUCCGAGCAGCUGCCACUAUCCACCGCACACGCAAGGACGGAAAAGAGGAAACAAGAAAAGACAAGCUCCGCACUCCUUCAUCCCAACACCACCAUCUCCUGUUCUCCACCAUAUGUACGAGGGGACCAAGAAGUUCCCCGAAGACUACUACUAUGCUGCCACCACCAUACUAUCCCUGCUUUAACUUAUGUUGGGACUGAUGUACAAAGGCAUCCCCCUGCAUUGUGUAUUCCCUGCCCUCAGCCAGUGGUUUUUUCUAGAUGUUUUCUUCACGCAUCCUUGUGCUGUUGAAAAUUUGUUUUCAGUUUAAGUUCUUUUUUCUUUCGGCAUACACACCACAUACCAUCAUUUGUUGUGAUGAACUUAAUAAUAUAGAUGGUUGUACAGUUUCAGGUUUAACAGAAUAAAUUCUCUUCUCAUCGUCACCAAUUCUUCCCUGUGCUGCUUUCGGGAAGUGUGAAUGUGUUGUUGAACGAUGUGUGUGACUGGUGCGUGCAUUUCGGUGCAAGUGUCCCGUUUUGUGUGGCAAAGGUGGUUGUGCUGUGUAUACCUUUCUUCUGGGGAGGUAUUGCAUACCGACAUGACCUUGCGGAAUGACUUGUGUAAUUAUUGUGUGGUUCUUGUUUAGAUGUGCACACAAGUUGUGCCUGUGGUCUGAUCAAGCAGAAACUCCCACAUUUAUCCACUGCAAGUUUUUAAAUGUAAUUGGUCAAUGAAGUGGCAUGGGAGCUGCAAGUGUUGGAUUGGUUAAAGUGGCACAUCGGCAUACAUUUACCAUAACACAGGAGUACUGUAGAAUACUUGUGCCCUGGAGAACGUAUAUCAGUUUGAACUUUGAAAUCAUCACUGCCUAAAACUUGUAUUUCCAUGGUAACCCUGAUAAGUUUUACAGAAUUGUCCAACCACUGAAGUUUUGCUGUUGGUUUAAAAAUUUUGUCAUUGCAUGCAAUGCAUUGACUUGAAUACUGGAACCUUUUGCAUAUGACAAGCACUUGAAAUACAUCACUUAUGCAUACAA